UCCAUUUUUUUUCACUUAACAGAGUCAAUGGAGAGGAUCUAUUUCUUAGCUUUGAUGCUCAGCCUUGUGACUGCAAACUCAGUCGCAUACCGGCGUCCUCCCGAGAUCACAAAUUUCCUACAAAAGGAUUUAGUCAACCCAGAGGAUGUUGAAUUUAAAGGAUUUAAACUGCCGUGUGGAGCUGCAGGGACGAAUAUUUCUUGGACGUGGAAACAUAAUGAUACGGAGAUCACAUCGUUCAGGCGAUCACCGCAUUACUCUCUUAAUGGAGAUGGCACUUUAACUGGCAAAUAUUUAUCUUCCCAACACAGCGGGACUUAUCAGUGUAUUGUUAAGGAUAAGGACACUAAAAUUGAAGUAUUUAGCAGGAAACUUAAAGUCGCGAUUACAGCUCCUGGUGAUUUCAUCGAUAGAGAAAGAAAGAGUGUAAAGGUUGACCUUGGAAAGCCUUUCCGAUUUCAGUGCCCCAAACACGCGGCGGGCUUUGGCUCCUCAUACGCUUGGGUAAAACCAUCAAACAUCCACUUGUCCAGGAACGAACGACGAGGAAUAUCUCCGGACGGGACAUUGUUAAUCGCUUACCUCACUCAGAAGGAUAUGGAUGAGAUUAAUUACGAUGGCGUAAGAUGUCGAAUAAGAGCUGGGAACACCUAUGAAGAUUCUGGAAAAUUAUUUCUUGUGAAGAAUAACCCUCAACAGACAGACCCCGGCACUCCUGUUGCUCUUUCUUGGGCCAGUAAACCUGCGGUUGACGAGCUUGCCAUUGAGGGACGAAGGAAAAUUCUUUACUGUUUCGUAAAUGGACGGCCAACUCCAGAAAUCACGUGGAAAAAGAAUGGGACGCGGAUUGUGCAUGGACAGAAUUCCUAUGAAAUUCCUCGCCAUUACUUUGGCCACCGUCUAGUUAUCACAAAUGUGAACAGGGAAAGUCACCAAGAUGUGUACACUUGUGAGGCAAACAAUUCUCGUGACAAUGACAACCCCAUGGUCCACUCAAUCAAUCUGGAGGUAAAAGUGGACGGUGGAUGGGGAAAAUGGGGCUCUUGGAGUAUCUGUACUAAGACAGUUGGUGGCAUACAAACAAGGACCAGAGAAUGUUCUAAUCCAGAACCAUAUUAUGGAAAACCGUGUGAUGGGACCAGAGCACUUGUUAUGGAAUGUAGCAGUAUAGCCAGUUGCCAGGAAGCAUAUCCACUGCGCUUUCAAACAGACACAAACCCAUCUCUUGGUAUAAUGAAAAUUCUCACAAAUAGCAGCUGGAAAAGGCUUUGUACCGAGCUUUGGGAUGAGGUGGAAGAACAUUUGACCUGCAUGGCAAUGGGCUACUCUAAUAGUCAUAACGGUACCUACGAUAAUAGUACAUGGUUUACAGACACUGACGGUGUCUCAAAGACUUCUAUUCUUCACAACUGUAGCAUUCCGACUACAUGUAAAAAUAACUUUAACAAAUCGCAAUUUUGCAAAGUUCCUGUUCGCUUAAGUGGUUCAAACAUGACGUAUGGUGGAAGAGUGGAAGUACUAUACAAAGGGAGAUGGGGAAAGAUCUGCCCCAGUCGAUGGGACUUCAAUGAUGUUAAAGUAAUUUGUCGUCAACUUGGCUUUGAAGAGGCACUGGCUGAGUUCAUUGGGUCAGACGUUAAGGAUGAGGACAUUCCUUUUGUAAUGGCAAAUGUCUCCUGUACUGGAAAUGAGUUAGAACUUGCAUCUUGCGCUCGUAUUGAUGGAAAGUUAAAUGUCCGAGGUCAAUGUCAGAGAUAUGGCACAGGUUCUCAAGCAUUGUGUCAACCAAAGAACAAACAAGUUUUGGAGAAAGAUGAAUUUUAUUUUGAUAUUGGCAGCAAUGAAAAGCUCCAAUGCUCAAUGCAUAACAAAACAAAUUUUGCAAAAUGGUAUUUCAAUGACCAAGAAGUGCAAAGUUCUACUUCUCAGAGGAGAAGGACUAAAGAAAAUGGUGAACUGUCGAUAGACAAUGUACAGUUGUCUGAUGGAGGAACAUAUGAAUGCGACAGAUUGGAAUAUGUUCAUUAUUAUACCGUCUACAUCAAUGCAAGAUUUACAGAGAAUGUGCAAGACAAGCAAAGCCUUAUUGCUGACACUUCUGGAAUAAUUAUAUGUGGUGCAGAGGGAACACCAAGUCCACAGAUAAUCUGGGAGAAGAAAGGAGGAAAUUCAUUACUAAAUGGGAGAAGAGUCACUCAAAUUUCCAAUGGCAGUCUGUUCAUUAAUCGUGUUCAACCUGAAGACGAAGGAACUUACAUUUGUACUUUGCAGCAGAGUAAAGGGCCUAAAAGGAAGACAAGCAAAGAUAAAACCAUACAUGUGUAUGUCACAAUUCCACCACGAGUAGCUAUUACAACAGCAAGCAAUUCCAUCAAAGAAGGAGAAAUUGUUAACUUGACUUGUAAAAUUGUAGUGGGUCAGCCAAAACCAAAGAUAACCUGGUUCAAGAAUGAGACACUUCAGGGCAAUGGUUUAUUUCUGCACCUCAAUAAAAUGACAAAGGAAGAUGAAGGUCCGUACACGUGUAAGGCGGAAAAUGCUGGAGGUUCUUCUACUUCUCUUGUAAACAUUCGUGUUCAAGUUCCACCACAUAUAAAUCAUCAGCUUAGGAAUCAUUCUGUUCCAUUAAACUCAACGUUUAAGACAAAGUGUUUUGAGCGUGGCGAUCCUGAGGUGCUGGUCUAUUGGACUAAGAAUGGAGAACAGCUUAGUAAAAACAAUACAUUGGUUAUCAGCCAAAUGACUUUGGAGGACAAUGGCAUUUAUAAUUGUACUGCUAGAAAUGCAGCAGGGACAGCUUAUGCCUCUGUUUGGAUUGACGCAACAGUCAUGCCUCAAAUUUCUGUUCCGCCAUUAAACCAAUCUGUACCUGAAGGACAACCUGUGAACUUAAGUUGCAAAGCAUCAGGUAUUCCGACACCAACUUUGGUGUGGACAUACAAUGAUGGAGAACUGCCGUCUGGUAUCAGUCAAACCAAUCGUGAAGGAGAAUCAUUCCUGGAAUUGCGAAAUGCCACAAAGAAGAUGGAGGGGACAUAUAGGUGUACAGCUACAAACAAAGCAAACAUGACAAGUUCCUGCGCAAUGCUUCAUGUUUUUGCAAAACCCACAGCUGAAGUCAGUCUUAAUCCACAUCCCACACUCACACCAGGAGAUAUGCUGCAAUUAACCUGUAGCGUCAAUGAAGCAACAAGAACUGUUACUUGGAAAAAAGAUGGGGAACCAAUGAAAGAUAAGGCAGAUAUUGACACGCAAUUAGAUGAGUCCGAGAGCAGACUUGUUAUUGCGGAAGUUGUGGAGGAGGACAGUGGGGAAUAUUCUUGUGAGGCACGUAAUGAACUAGGCAUUAUGGCCCACUCUGCUGUGACAAUAAAUGUCAAAGCCCUGCAAGCGCCAGGAGCAAAGCCAGCUCUGUUAUGGUAUUACAUUGUUGGAUCAAUGGCUGCGGUCAUCCUUAUCUUUCCCAUUGGCUGCUAUGCCUGGAAACGUCGCAGGACAGCCAUGGCUCUUCCUGAUCAAGAGCAAGCAGUUGAGAUGGAGUUGGUGAAUAUAGAAGUUGAUGAGUGGGAGAUUGAAGUUAAACGUGUCCUGCUUCAAGAGGUCAUUGGGCGAGGGGCUUUUGGAGCAGUGUGGAGAGCUCUCCUGAGUUCACCAAAUGGAAAACCUGGAAAUAGGACUGUGGCUGCUAAAUGCUUCACUCCCACUGCUGGAGAGGAAGGAAGGAAAGCUUUGAUGAGAGAAAUUGAGCUGGGAAAACGUCUUGGCGAAAGCAUUCAGCCAAAUAUCGUAAAGUUCAUUGGCUGCGUCACCACACAAUCUCAACCAAUCCUUAUCAUGGAAUACAUGCCCUGUGGUGACCUGCUUGGUUACGUAAGAAAAUGCCGAGGAGUUAAGGAUCGGUAUUACCUUGGAGAGGGAAGGGCUCAAGAGUUGAACAAUUAUGACCUUGUGCUAUUUGCCAAACAAAUUGCUGCUGGUAUGGUGUUCCUUGGAUCACGAGGGAUAAUUCAUCGUGACCUUGCAGCUCGAAACAUUCUUCUUGAUAACAACUACGUUUGCAAAGUGACCGACUUUGGUUUGGCAUAUCAAAGCUUCAAGUAUGGUCAUGGAAAUGCGAAAAAGGGCUGUUUGCCAAUUAAAUGGACUGCACCAGAGAUUCUUUUGGGAAACCUUGCUGGACUUUCCACCAUGAGUGACGUAUGGUCCUACGGUAUUGUUCUCUAUGAGAUUUUUACCCUUGGAGGAAUUCCAUACGAUGGAUGGUCAGAAGGCAAGGUGGUUGCAGAGGUCACACGAGGGUAUCAGAUGCCAAAACCCAAUCAUAUUGAUGACAAACUGUAUGAUAUGGUAAAAAGAUGUUGGCAUCUUAAUCCUGACUUCCGUCUUCCUUUUGAGAACCUUCGCAAAAGAAUGGAUGAAUACCUCCGUGAAGAGACAUAUCUGCACCUGCUUGACUUGGGAUCUUAUGACACAACUAAAUACUGCAAAGUUGAAGAUAUUGGAGGUGAAGAUGCAGUAGUAGCUGAACCAAGUGUGCAAGCUGCAAAGAAUGCCUUGGCAAAGAGAUUGGGAAAAUGGUCCAGCGCUCGCCGUUAGAGUAAUUGUCAAUGGCUACAGAUGCUGUGAUUUUGAAUUUGUUUCUAAAGGAAUCUAGUUGCUGUAGCAGUUAUCAGUCACUUCAUGGUGCUUCAAGCUUUAGAUUUUCUGUGUUAGAACAAAUCAAAGGUUUGUCUACAGGGAGACACUUUUAAAAGUAGCUUUUUCUCAAGAUGUAAUUGACAAAUAACUCAAUUUGGAUUCAGCACAAGGGAGAUUAGAUCAAUAGGAAUUAGAUAUUUGAAACUGAUUGUUAACUUGGGAUUUAAAAUUAAAGCAACAACCACUACUCAUUUUACUUAGACUGCUGUAUUGGGAAAACUGACUUUAUAAGUUCUUUUAUGUAAAACAUUACCUUAACUUGUUAGCAGCCAAGUUUUGUGAUGUAGUAUUCCCUGACCAUGAUAUAACUUUAAUAACAUAUUCUGUUAAGUUUGGUAAUUUAUUGAACAAGUUGUGUAAUACAAACCACUGUAACUUAUUUACAUACCUUUUACUGGAAGUCCAAUAAAAAUAUAUCUAAUUUAGAAACU